GAUUGUGACUCUUUCAACCUUGGAGCCUCAUUUGAGAAAUCUAUCACCAAUUCAAAUUUGUACAAAAAACACCAACAACAACAUAGUCAUCCAUAAGAUUUGAUUUUUAGAAGAAUCCGUCGAAUUCGGCAAGGAAGCCAAACGGAAACCACAGAUUUUUCACCCCGCGCCCAAUCGCGCAACAAUCGCAAUCAUGUCUCUCACAAAUUGCCGUUUCUAUGAAGAAAAAUACCCAGAGAUCGAUAGCUUCGUCAUGGUGAAUGUCAAGCAGGUAGGGAACCCUAGGCGCCUUCAGACUUGCAGGAGAGAUACUAAUCUCCAGCUUCGCAGAUCGCAGAGAUGGGUGCCUAUGUUAAGCUCCUCGAAUAUGACAACAUCGAUGGCAUGAUUCUCCUCUCCGAAUUAUCUAGACGUCGUAUUAGAAGUAUUCAAAAGCUCAUUCGUGUCGGCCGUAAUGAAGUUGUGGUUGUUCUCAGAGUCGAUAAGGAGAAGGGUAUGCAGAAGAUCCUCAAAUAGUACAUUGUGGCGGAAGGCUGAUCUGAUCCAUUGCAGGUUAUAUUGAUCUUUCCAAACGAAGAGUUUCACCUGAAGAUAUUGUAAGAUGUGAAGAACGAUACAACAAGGGUAAAAUGGUUCAUUCGAUUAUGCGCCACGUUGCGGAAAAAACAAAGCAUCCUAUCGAGGAUUUGUACGAGAAGAUUGUGUGGCCAUUGAAUAAGAAAUAUGGACAUGCUGUUGAUGCCUUCAAGCUUUCGAUAACGUAUGGAAUUUCUGAUUUCCUUUCAUAUUUUAUGUAUACUGACAUUGAAAAAGAAACGCUGAUACUUGGCAAGAUGUCUCAUUUCCUAAUGAUGUCGUCGCUGAGGAAUUAAAAUCAUAUAUUGGAAAACGUCUUACACCACAGCCAACAAAAGUUCGUGCCGAUGUCGAGGUUACAUGCUUUGGAUAUGAGGGAAUUGAUGCCGUUAAGACGGCUUUAAGAACUGCCGAAGCCAGAAACACUGCCGAUAACCAAGUCAAGGUCAAGCUCGUUUCUCCACCACUUUACGUUCUCACAAGCACAUGUCUGGAAAAGUCUGUUGGUAUCUCGACCUUGGAAGCCGCAAUCGUGGAUAUCAGAAAGAACAUUGAAGCUGCAGGAGGUGGAUUAAUUGUCAAGAUGGAACCUAAGGCAGUCACUGAGAACGAUGAUGCUGAAUUACAAGCACUUAUGGAGAAGAGAGAACGUGAAAACGCAGAAGUUAGUGGAGAUGAGAGUAUGAGUGAGAGUGAUGAGAACCAAGUCGAGGUCAUGUAAAAAGGUUUCAUAUCAUAAGGGGAUAUCAAAAAGCAUUCAAAAGUUAUCUAAAUAAACCAACUAAUCGGUUUAUGGAUUUGUUUGCAUUGUAGGCGCAUAGUAGAGCGAUAAUAGCUUCUAAUAUGCAAAUAACGACCAAUCGAAACGAGAUCU